AUGCAAAAUCCGCAGGCGAUUCCAGGACUUUUUCCACCUGGCUUUGUACCUAUUGAUCUCGUCAAAUGUUGGUCGUCUCUCUUUACCGUCCAAGGAUGUGUCUUGGCAAUCUCCAACUCAUUUUUUUCUGGAAAAUUUGAAAACGUUGAAGCGGCAUGCUGCGUUUUCAACUUUAGAUAUAUGUUUCCUUUGAAUCCUUUCUUCCCUCCUCUCCUCAAGGACAAUUGUGCGCGUAUCAUCCCUAACUCCCCUGCACACAACUGA